AUGCCGGGACACACAGCUCAGCACCAGUCCAAGCCCAUUCAGAUUAAAGUCGUUUUGCUAGGCGAAGCUGCGGUCGGAAAGUCAAGCCUGGUCCUUCGCUUUGUCAACGACGAGUUCCAGGAGAACAAGGAGCCAACUAUCGGAGCGGCAUUCCUGACGCAGAAGGUGAGGCUGGACGAUGCUGUGCUGAAGCUUGACAUUUGGGACACGGCCGGCCAGGAGCGGUUCCAUUCGCUGGCGCCCAUGUACUACCGCAACGCGCAGGCGGCGGUAGUGGUGUACGAUAUCACGCGCGAGUCGUCGCUUGACCGUGCAAAGUCUUGGAUCAAGGAGCUGCAGCGGCAGGCAAACCCGAACAUUGUGAUUGCGCUGGUUGGUAACAAGCUGGAUUUGGCUGGCACGCCCGAGCCGACAGAAUCGGCGGCCACCGGCGAGUCGGACGCGGCUGAUGAGGGUAGCGAGGAGGGCGAGGAGGAGACUGACGAGACGCGUGCUGCCAGCGAGGGCAUUGGUCGCCAGGUGGCAACGGCUACGGCGCGUGCAUAUGCGGACGAGGCUGGACUGCUGUUCUUGGAGACGAGCGCAAAGUCGGGUGAGGGCGUUGUCGAGACCUUCACGGAGAUUGCAAAGAAGCUGGAUCUCAACCAGAUUGCCAGCAACUCGCGUGCGGCCAGAUCUGGCCAGCUGAACUCGGGAAAUAACGGCUUUGGUUCUGCUGGCGAGGCAGGCAACCGGGCGAACGCCGACGGCUGCGCGUGCUGA